GGAUUAUGAUAUUAAAUUAUAUUAAAUUUGCCUGCUUUGUAUUAACUAAACUCAGUUUAUUAUUGUCACAAUAUUAGUGUAAUUCACUGAAUACUAUUGAUUCGAAGUAAAAGAUGCUUUUUCGGAAAAGAUGAUCAGCAAAGUCUCAUUUCUUUUUCUUGUGCUAGGAAUAGCUCUCGUUUUUGGUAAAGUUGAGGAUGUUGAUUUUUUGGAAGAAAUCUCUCAAAUUUAUAGUCCACCAGUAGUUGGUCGCAUGAUACUCAAACGAAUCGAGAGUCGCAUGGAUGAGGUGAAACGAGCCAAUCGUUCCAGAAGUAUGACUGCUGACCAACACUUUCUCAGUACAUCCAUUUACAAUGCUUUGGACACGCUACAUCACGAUGUUGAAUUAAUGGAUAAAAGUCCAGUUCUUUGGGGAAACCAAAGAUUUGAAAAGGUCAUCAAUUUCUUUAUCGGACAAUUUAAACGACUCCUGAAUCUGUACAACAAGCUUGUCGUACAACUGCAUUGAAAGCUUUGCAAUGAACAAUAAAUCUCAAAACAUGAUCCACGUAAUCAAUGUAUCCAAUAAAUUUUUUAUUAUAAAUAAAUUCGAGUUAUAAUGCAA